AUGGCCGCGCCUGAAGCCCCUCUCCGUUAUGUCGGUAUUGUCAGAGAAUCCCCUGCUUUCCGUCUUAUGAAACAAAUGGGAUGGGAAGAAGGAGAGGGGUUAGGGAAAGAUAAACAGGGGAUCAAAGGUUAUGUUAGAGUCAAAAACAAACAGGACACCACAGGUGUUGGAGUAGAGAAGCCGAAUAAUUGGGCAUUUGACACUACUCAAUUUGAUAGCAUUCUUAAAAGAUUGAAAGUGCAAGCUGUGCAAAGUAAAGAUGAAGGUAUAAUGGAAUUUGAUUUGAUUAAUGUUGAGAUUGUGAAUAACAACAGUGAAGAAACAAUUAAGACUGAAGCAACUAAUGAUGCCGAGGAACAAGUUGUCAAGGUUACUCGAGCACGGGGAAGGUUCGUGUUGGUGGUAAAAAAAUCUGAGGAGUCACCUCAGACAGAUCCAAAUCCAGACAAUGAGUUGGAGUCUGAAUCAGCAUUCGAGAGUAAAACCUGGUAUCUUGGAGGAAGCAAAGUUGAAGAUCUUCCUCCAGAUUGGUGGGGUUAUAAAUAUGGGUUUGUCUCUGGAGGGUUACUUGGAGCGAAGUCUACCAAAAAGAAAUCAACCAGAACUGCUAAUGCUCACAAUUGUAAAGAGAGGGCUAUGUUCUUUGAAGAGGAUCAAGAGAAUCUCUACAAACUUGUUCAAGAUAAAGCCACAUCUGGAAAGCAAGGAUUGGGCAUUAAGGAUCGGCCAAAGAAAAUAGCUGGGGUUCGCUUUCAGGGGAAAAAAACCACCUUUGACGACAGUGAUGAUGAGGAUUCUAGAUCUGUUGAUGAUGAUGAUUCUGAUGUUGAGUAUCAAGAUUCUGAUGAUUUUUCCUUGGCAAAACAAAAAUGUGAUGACAUUCUAGAAAUAGAAAAUAUUGAAGAGAAAAUUGUUGACAAGGAUUCUGUUCAUUUCUGUUCCUCAGUAAAACGUAAAUGGGAGGACACUCCAGAAAUGGAGGAAAUCAAUGAACAAAAAGUGAAGUUGAAAGGGCUGUGUAAAAGGCUUUUGCGUCAGGUACAGGGAGAGUCAUUAAAGCUUAAAAAGCUUAAAAGUCUGGUUGAGGAACAUUCACCUGCCGUUUUUUCAAAUUUCACUUCCAGGAGAGAUGCUGUUGCUUACUUGAAGCAAAAGUUGGAAGGCAGUUUGUAUAUUGUUGCUGAGAUUGGUUUACAAUCUGAUUUACGCUUAUCUCCAUAUCAGUCGUGGAUUGAAUUUUCAGAUCCUUCCAUGAUUGGUUCAUGUCUUAAGUUUGUUGCCUUACCUGAUUACAAGGUAAUUACAUAUGCAUCUAUAUGCAACGGGUGGAGCUCUUGGCAAGAGUUUGGAUCAUGA